CGUCCAGCAGGUGUCAGUGUGGACCGUUUGUUUCUUCUCUGAUCACGUGUGAGUUUCGGCUCAACCUUGAUGGAGUCGCACGUGAAAUUAGACAUCUCGAGCUGAUCUGCGUAUUUAAUAUCGCCACAGUACAGAUGGCGAAGUAUUUGGCUCAGAUCAUUGUGAUGGGGGCUCAGGUGGUUGGACGAGCAUUCGCACGAGCUUUGCGUCAAGAAUUUGCAGCCAGUCAGGCAGCUGCUCAGGCCAGAGGUCAAGCAGGCAGACAGUCUGCGGCCGCGUCCAGCAUCACGGGUAUGACAAUACAAGAAGCCCAACAGAUACUGAACAUCUCCAAAUUAACACCAGAGGAGAUACAGAAGAGUUAUGAACAUCUAUUUAAAGUCAAUGAUAAAUCAGUUGGAGGCUCAUUUUAUCUUCAGUCCAAGGUUGUGCGAGCUAAAGAACGCCUGGAUGAAGAACUUUCCAUUCAACAACAAGACGAACAGCAGAAAACAAAACCACCUGACCAACAAACAUGAGCCUUACCCUCCUAACCCAUCCCAUUGUAAUUAUAACCCGAAACCCCAAUAAAGUCUUUUUCGUUUUGUACACUAAA